AGCUCUUUUUCCGCUGGUGCCUACCAGUGAGAGCAGAGGAGCUACCCAGCAAAUGAGAAGAGGACACAUGCAAUCUGCUGUUACUGGAGCCCCUGGCUUCCUCUCUCCCCUGCAGGCCUCUUGAAGCACACCACAUAUACAGCGACACAUAUGCUUUCAAUCUCAAAAUCGGGAUCGCUGAACCCUGCAGGCUCACACAUGUAAGUCGCACAUUUUAAUUUGUACCCAGGUUGUGCAAAGGAGAGCACCGUAUCAAUCGGAUCAAUUUCGCCAUGCUUGACUGAUGGAGCCACGCUUUUUUCAACACUGGGGCAACCACUGUUCUCCGAGGCCAGCAGUGCAGCUCCAGGUUGGGGGAGGAUUCCUCUGGAUUUCCCUCUGUUCCUCUUCCAGCCAUGGUUCAACUGCCCAGCCCAGUCCUAUCCUGGCGGCGUUCUAAUUAGAUUCCACAGCCUGAGAAGCCGACAGUAUCAGGGAGCGGCACCUUGUCAGUUAUCACUUUUUCUCCCAUCGACUCACCCAAAUUGAGGGAUGUACACUGCUUAGUGGCGGAACAAGGAAGACAGGAUGGCUUGAAACCAUGUCUGUUUGAUAUAUGAGACUGGACUUAAACCACUUCUAUAACCAACCAUGUCAGCAGGGUGAAAGUGGUUGUUGAAUUUUGCUGGCUGAAGGUGAGGUCCUCACUCAUGGUAGUCACCAUCCUCUUUAUUGACUUGAAUGUGCUGGCGUCAGUGCAUGGGUUGCCAUCUCCCGUGGCAGCAGUGGCGAGACAUUUAGUACCUAGCCCCUCCCCUUCUUUCUCUUCAAUGUCUGGAGACUUGUUUUAAUGGAGUUUGCAUGCCUGGGACGUGAAACACACAGCUACAGGUGUGAAAACCAAACAUCAUCUCACAUAGACUGGUUAUGCUUGGGUGAUGAUAGGAACAAAAGAUAUUCAGCUUUGGUGGGUUGUGACUAAAUUGUAGAUUAAUUACUUGACACUGCUCUUUCGUCCAUUAGGAGCUGAUCUGGGCUUUUAUGACUGCUUCCCAAUACGUUACAUACCCUAUGUGAUGUUAGCAGAGUGAAGUGAUCAGUAAUGUUUACUAAAGAUAUUCAGAAAAGCAGGUGUUUCUAGGAGUCUUACUGUACACGCAUAAAUACAUAUCCCGACAUGGUUUUCUCAUGUUUUUAGUUGCAUUAAAGCUGACGAUUAGUGCAUCUUAAUGAUGCAUCCUGAUGCAGAGUUAUUGAGCAUGUGUGCUCGCAUGAGUAUGUCUCUCUAUGUCUGCAGUGCAGUUUUAUUGUCGUUCUCACCUUGAGGUAUAUCUACAGUGGCUUUAAUAAUAUUGUGUCUUUGAGUACCAUUACAAAUGGCCUGCUAUUUAAUACAUAGCUUGUGAAAUGGGAUAAAAGGUACCAGUUUUUCUUCAGUCAGUGCUGCAUCAUCUCUGCAUCAAGAGCGAAUGGAAAAAACAUCAAAUGGUUUGCCGUAGGAUUUUAAUAUUUUAUAAAGGACAGUAACCUAUAUUCAGCAUCAUGUCCUAGAGGCUUACUAGGACCUAAAGUGAUAUUUGGUUUAGGUUAACUGCAACAUUGCUUGAACGACAGAAAGAGAAAACUAAGCAACAGGAGAUAUGACUGGUGUCCACACCUGAAGUUGAGACAUGAUGUCCUGGGAGAACCUCACCCUGUACCAAACCAUUUUGUCAUGGUUAAUACUUCUUGUCAUGAUUUUCACUCCAGAUCAGACAUUAACUUAAUAUUUUAAUUAACCUUACCAGCCUCAGGCUGACUUAUUUGCUCCCAUUGUGGACAUCACUUUAUUUCCUUUUGGCUCAUAUUUAUUUGCUCUGUCUCUAUGAGAUAUGGGGAGCUCCCUUGGUUGUGUGAAACAACCCAGGGAUGCUGGACCAGGUGGUGCUGCACCACUAUCACCCAAAAGAAAACUUCGCUUCAGGCGAAAACGAAAGGCCAAACAGAAGUUAAAAGGUGCCGAAGGGGAGGACAAGAAAAGCUGUGUCCUUGAAGAGAAGGGGAGUGGAAGUGUUGAAGUUACGGAGGGGUCUAUGACAAGAGCCCCUGAUUCCGCCAAAUUGGUAUCUGGACAGAUAACUACUGAAACUGAAACGCCCACCAAUGUUGUCCUUGUUCCCGGUAUGGCCCCAAUAUUUGGAAGCACAGGGACAUUGCGGGGCAGUAAGAUGGCCAUUCUUUCCCCAGAUCCUAGUCCAGCUUGGCUGGGGGCACUUCGCCAGUUUGAGGUAGAGGGACUCAGCGAAGAGUCUCAUGCUGAAUUAGAGCAAGGCAGCACAACUCCUGGAGGAGGAAGAGUCUGUAAGGUUCGAGAGCGAGUUCAGGGGGUAUUAGAGAGACCCUGUCUUUUACGCUCCAAACGUGGUGACCUGGAAAUAGAGAAGGAAGGUGGAGAUUUGCAUGGGCAGAGUGAACUGAUAUUCGGUGAACCCUCGGAAACCGAGAAGAAGGGAGUUGUUCACAUUCGUGAGUUUGGAGGACAACUUUGUGUGGUCCGAACUGUGUAUCCAAGGGACUAUGGGUCGCCCAUCUGGCGUGAAAAAGAACUUGAGGUCCAUUCCGAACCUCCAGCUGCAUCUCCUAUUACUGGAGGCAUUACGAAAAUACAAGUGUCCGUAACUCAAGGGCGACCACCCGGGAAGAAAGACCCUGCCAAACCAGCAACAGCUGCAGCUCGGGGAAAAAAAGGGAGAGAGUUCCUGUUGGACCACUCUGCUCAAGUAGCUGAAUGCAUUGGUCCCCCACCACAAGACCUUCAGUCUUCAGGUUAUGCUAGCGAUGUGCCUCUCAUCUCACCCGAGACGGGAGGUGCUGUUCAGACUGACUGGGAGAGCUCCUCUGAUGUGCUUGAUUCUUCUAUGCUUGAGAGUCCCAUCUCCCCCCAAGAAAUACCUGCUCAGCCUUCCACACAGAUUUCUGAGAUCUAUGUGAGCGGUGAGUCAGGUGACCUCACGGCAAAAGAGAAGCUGCUACUAUGGAGUCAACAGGCAACAGAGGGCUACCCCGGUCUCCGUUGUGCCAAUUUCUCCUCCAGCUGGAGCAAUGGACGCUUGUUCAAUGCUCUUCUGCACAGAUACAGGCCAGACCUGAUUGACAUGGAAGUGGUUGCGCAACAGAGUAACCGUGACAACCUGGAACAGGCCUUUGAGAUUGCGGAGUCGUUAGGUGUAACGCGACUUCUAGAUGCUGAAGAUGUUGAUGUGCCGUCGCCAGAUGAGAAAUCUGUCAUCACAUACGUCUCCUCCAUCUACGAUGCUUUCCCCAAGAUCCCAGAGGGUGGAGAAGGCAUUACAGCUCAUGAGGUUGACCAGCGAUGGACAGAGUACCAGUCUGGCUUCUCUUCUCUGCUGCAGUGGACCAGGCAACACACGGCCCUCAUGGCCAACAGGAGCUUCCCCCACAAUCCUGUGGAACUCAAGGCACUUUACAAUGAAUAUGUCCACUUCAAAGAAACCGAGAUCCCUGCGCAGGAGAGAGAGAAGAGCCACAUCGAGCACCUUUACAAGCUUUUGGAGGCUUGGAUAGAGUUCGGGCGCAUUAAGCUGCCUCAAGGGCUACACCCUAAUGAUCUGGAGGAGGAAUGGGGAAAACUGAUCCUGGAGAUGUUGGACAGAGAGAAAGCAAUGAGGCCUGCUGUGGAGAGGUUGGAGCUACUGCUACAGAAAGCCAAUAAGAUCCAGAACAUGGCAGUAGAUUGCGAGGAGAAACUCACGCUGGCGAAGAACACUUUGCAGGCUGACAUGUCUCAGCUAGAGAAUGGGCAGCCGGUGCGAUGUGAGAAUGAAUUGGGGAUGUAUCUGCAGGACUGUGAGGCUUUAGUCAGACAGCUUCAUCUUGACCUGCAGGUCCUCCGAGAUGAGAAGUACUAUCAAGUGGAGCAGCUGGCUUUCAGGGUGUCCUGUUUGCAGGAGGAGCUGGUCUCAAUGCGCCUGCAGUGUGCCAGUGUGUACAGGAAGGGUCAUUUCUCCACUGGGGGUCUGCUGGGAGAGCAUGCGGGUCAGAAGGGUUCCUCAGGAGGUCUGGCUACGCUGGGAGCACAGACGCUUCUGGGUGCAGUGGGUGCUGCGGCGUCCCUGCUCAGACGGCCGAUGUCUCGUGCAGACCUGGUAGCCAUGUCAUCAUCUGAGGAUGAAGGCAGUCUGCGCUUCAUCUACGAGCUGCUGGGGUGGGUGGAUGAGACGCAGGACCUGCUGGAGCGAGCCGAGUGGGGUUCUGAUCUACCCUCUGUAGAACAGCACCUGCAAGAGCACCACAUCAUUCACACGGCAGUGGAAGAGCUUCUGAAUAGCCUCAAAGAGGCUCGAAACUAUGAGUCAAGGGUCUCGCCUAAUCUACGUAGCAGUUACUCUGAGACUCUAUCCAAGCUGGAGAACCAGUAUUGCAAACUGCUGGAACAUUCGUCAUGGCGACUGCGUUGCCUAGAGAGCCUUCGAACUUUUGUGUCCCACUGCACUGAGGAGCUGAUCUGGCUCAAUGAGAGGGAGGAGGAGGAGCUGGCCUUCGACUGGAGCGACAGCAACACCAACAUGGCUGCCAAAAGAGAGCAAUAUGCUGAGAUGAGGUCAGAGCUGGAGGUAAAACAGGAAGUGAUGCACUCUCUCCAGGAGACAGCUGAUCACCUGUGUCAAGAGAACCACCCAGCCAAGCAAACAGUGGAGGCUUACAGUGCUGCCCUGCAGACGCAGUGGCAGUGGAUCAAAGAGCUCUGCAUAUGUGUGGAGCAGCAUCUCAAGGACAACACUGCCUACUUCCAGUUUACGAGUGAUGCACGGGACUGUGAAAGCUAUCUGCGUCAACUACAAGACACCAUUAAGAGACAGUACACCUGUGAUAAGAACAGUAGACUCGGUAGACUGGAAGACCUGUUGCAGGACUCCAUGGAGGAGAAAGAACAAUUGAUUGAAUACCGCAGCACAGUGGCCAGCCUUGUUGGCCGAGCCAAGUCUGUAGUCCAGCUCCGUCCACGCAGUGCAGAUAGUAACCUGGUCACCACCACGCCAAUUCGUACCAUUUGUGACUACCGACAAAUAGAGAUCACGAUCAGCAAAGGAGAGGAGUGUGUACUGGAGGAUAACUCUCAGAGGACUAAGUGGAAGGUCAUCAGUCCUACAGGAAAUGAGGCCAUGGUGCCAUCUGUGUGUUUCACCAUUCCUGCUCCUAAUCAGGAGGCCAUUGACACUGCCAGCAGAAUGGAGCAGAUGUACCAGAAUGUCAUGUCUCUAUGGCACCAACUGCAUGUUAACAUGAAGAGUGUGAUCUCCUGGAACUACCUGCAAAAAGACAUAAGAAAUAUUUCCUCCUGGAGUCUGGACACAAUGCGCUUGCAGGCUCCAGCAGAGAGGCAGCAGGCUUUAGACAACCUUGAAGCCCACUUGUCUGACUUCCUCACAGACAGUCGCGAGAGCUCCCUUUUCACUCCAACUGAACGGCGUGAGCUAGAGAGAGAAGCUGAGAACUGCCGUGAACAUUGCCAAACACUGCGGGUCACUUUGGAGACAGUGGAGAAGGAUGAGUUGGCGUCUCGCGCUUACCUCUCCGAGCUGCAGAGCAUCAAGUCCCAUCUGGAGGAUGCAGAGAGCAGACUGAUGCGUGGCAUGCAGACUCCACACCCCAGCACAAUAUCAGGAGAUGUGGCAGACAAUGCAGUUCACAUAGCAGAGCAAGAGAAGCUGCAGCAGGAUCUGAAAGGUCUUCAGUCAGAUUUGGGUGAAGUGUCCCGUCGCUGUGUGAGCUUCUUUGAGGAGAAGCCUUCCUCUUCCAGUGUGCCUGUCCUGCGCUCUGAGCUCAACCUGGCCGUAGAGCACAUAGAGAAACUCAACUCCCUCUCCUCUGUUUAUCUGCAAAAAUUGAAGACUGUUGAUGUGUUGAUGAGAAGCCUGCAGGCUGCAGAAAGUCAAGUGAAAAAGUAUGAGAGUCGACUGAGUGAAGAGGAUAUUGUCCCCGCUGAUACUGCUGCAAUCCAGGCCUUGGGAGAGCAGUUAAAUAAAUGGCAUUCAGAGCUGGAGGAGCAGGAUCACAUAUUCAACAGUCUGAGUUUAGAGGUCCAGCAGGCUAGAGAGGUCGGAAACCAGCUCAACCAGCUGCACCCUGACCGCAGCCCAGAACUGGACCGCUACCAGGAGAAAGCACAACAGCUCACAGAGAGGUGGAGCGGAGUGCGCAGGCAAAUGGAGACACGGCGAGCAGAUCUGGAGAUGCUGGGUUCGGCGCUGCAGCAGUACAGAGAAGGCCACUCCUCUCUCAUCCGCUGGAUAGAGGAGACCACCGAUAAACAGGAGAACACACAACCUGAGCAGACGGACAGCAGAGCUUUGUCAGAGCAGCUCGCACAGCAAACGGCAUUGGUGGUUGAGAUUGAACAGAACCAGGUCAAACUGGAUGAAUGCCAGACGUACUCUAAACAGUACUGCGCUGCUGUUAAGGACUAUGAACUCCAGCUUAUGACGUUCCGAGCUUUUGUUGAAUCAACCCAAAAGUCUCCUGUGAAAAGGAGGAGGAUGCACUCUUCAUCUGAUGUCAUUACACAUGAGUUUAUGGAUUUACGCACGCGCUACACAGCUCUGGUUACACUGACAACACAACAUGUCAAGUAUAUCAGUGAUGCACUGCGGCGACUAGAGGAGGAAGAGAAAGAGGUGGAAGAGGAGAGGCAGGCACGAGUGGGCCAGGUCUCAGAGCUGCUCGGCUGGGUCAAGGGCCUACAGGAGCGUGCUGGCAGAUCUGCCGAGCCAUCACUUGCUGCACAGCAGGCUAUUAGUGAGCAGCUAGCAGCUAAAAAGGAGGAAGUUGCUGAAGCUAUCAGGAGCACCCAAGUCUUCCUGAUGUCAAAACAGGCCAGCAAGCUGUCUCCUGAAGAGCGCGCGCAGGUGGUCUCCCAGCUGGAUGAGCUGACGGCCACCUACACUCAAUUGUGUGACAGUUCUGCCGCACAGUUGCAACAACUGGAGGAGCAGCUGGCCAAAGAGGAGAAGCGCAAGGGCCAAGAGAUCAUCGCUGGAGUAAUUGACCUUGGCACCAUGGAAACCUUUCCAGUUUUCCAGGCAGCACAGCAUGGCCUCAUAGAUCAAGAUACCUGCCUUGUACUGUUGGAGGCACAGGUCGUCAUGGGUGGUCUAUUCCAGCCUGACUCCCCUGAUAAACUGUCAUUAGAUAAGAGUCUUUCCAGUGGUUUGAUUGAUCAACAUACCUACCAAUCACUGAAAGAGUUAGAGACUGCCCUUGGUCUUGUCAACACAGUAAAAUUUGCAGAGGGUCAGGAAUUACCUGUAGCCACUGCUGUGAAAGAAGGUGUCAUAAAGGAGCUGAUGGGGCUCCGUAUACUUGAGCUGCAGAUAAGCACUGGAAGCCUGAAGGCUGGUUCCAGUGGAGAAAUAGUCAGCAUGGAUAAUGCAAGGGAGAGGGGAUUGUUAUCCCCUGAUCUUUGCCAAAAGCUACAAUCCUGUCUUCACCGGCGAGAACUUAUUGAUCCAAACACAGCAGAAAAACUAAGUCUGGUUGACUUUCAAAAGCGAUGUGUUCUCAACCAGGAGAAGGGUCUGCGUUUAUUUCCAGUUAAACAGAAGCCAGGAGGAACUGUCUGCUUAUGCUCUGGCAGAAAGGUGGGAAUAUUCCGAGCUGUUCAAGAGGGGCUUAUCGAUCGGCAUGUCACAGUUCGACUUCUGGAGGCUCAGUUGUUUGCUGGGGGUAUCUCAGACCCCCGCUCAGGACACAGAUUGACUGUUAAUGAGGCUGUCCUGCAUGGCCUGAUGGAUCAGGACUUGGCCUGCACCCUCAUGACACGACAGCUACAAACAGGAGGAAUAAUAGAUCCUGUCAGUGGGGAGCGUCUAGAGUUGGAUGAGGCCAUAAAACGAGACCUUCUCUCUCCUCGCAUAGCCUUGCAUGUUCUGGAAUCUCUCCAGGCCUUUACGGCAGUAAUGUGGCCAGAAUCAGGCGAGCUGCUUCCUGUAAGCGAGGCACUUCAGCAGGGUGUUGUCAGUAGAGAGCUUGCUGCAAAAGCCUUGAGAAAACGCCAUUCUGUUGGUGCGGUAUAUCUGCCUGAGACUGGACAGGUGGUCCCUCUCCGUCAAGCUGAGAAGAUACUUAAGCCACAGGCAGUGGAGAUCCUAAAACACAUCCAGGUUCCAGAUGUCCUUCCCCAUGUGUCUCCCUCAAGUUCCUCAUACAUAAAGCGAUUAAGUUCUGGAUCUGCGUAUUCUUCAUCACCCCUUGCCUCACAUGCAGAUAUCAAUUAUGACUUUCCCAUCAUGGAGGAAAGCAGGUCAGAAGAGCAGGUUCAAAACCACCUUCUCAGUCAAGUGAUGACACACAGCUACAUUAAUGCUCACUCAGGAGAACGCCUAGUCUUACUAGAACCAGAAUUGGUAGAACUAAUAUGUAGAAAUGUCAAAACUGCAAACGUUGCCAGACCAGUUAGAGUUAUGCUGGACAGCAAAGCUAUGAGUGGGAUUGAAGAGGAAAAAAAUGAAGAACUCAAAAUUUCACAACAUGAAAUUGCCUGCAGGGACUCAUAUAUGGAAGAGACUGUAGGAAUGACAGGGGAAAAACUUGCACCCUUGAUGAUCACCAACAGAACCUUUAAAGAGCCUUUGCAUAAAGUCGUUGUGCAAAAGAAGGUUCUAUCAUCAGAAGAGUAUGAACAACACAAGAUAAAAGAUAAAAUUGCUGGCAAGAUAACUGAUAAAGGAGAGGUAGUAGAAAGAACAGAAGAUCUAGCACCAUUGACGGAAACAAACAUUACAGAGCUUUCAAAUAAACAGAUUCAACAAGAAGAGGUUUUGUCAUCAAGAGACUAUGUAGAACCCAAGAUUAAAAAAGAUGACACUGACAGCAGAAAUACUGACAUGGGUAGGACUAUAGAAGGAGCAGGGGAAGAACUUGCAUGCUUGACAGGCAUUGUCCGAACUUCUAUAGAUCCUUUACAUGCAGAGGUUUGGCAAGAUACAUUUCUAUCAUCAAGAGAAUGUGAAGAACCCAAGAUUAAAAAAUAUGAAAUUGAGAGCAAUAACACUAAUGUGGGUGAAAGUAUCAAACUGGCAGAGAAAGAUUUUAUAGUGCCUUCACAUAAAGAGAACUUGCAGGAGAAAGUUCUGUCACCAGGAAGACAUGAAAAACCCAAGCUUUUGAAAGGUAAAAUUGCCUGGACAAACACUGACACAGGUGAGACAGUAGAAAGAGCAGAGGAAGAUCUUGCACCCUUGACAGGCACAGAAGAAUCUUUUAUGGAGCCUUCACGUGCAGUUUGGCAAGAGAAAGUUCUGUCAUCAGGAGAAUGUGAUGAAUCUAUAAUUUUAAAGGGUAAAAUUGCCUGGACAAACACUGAUAUAGGCGAGACAGUAGAAAGAGCAGAGGAAGAUCUUGCCCCCUUGACAGGCACAGCUAGAGAUUUGAUAGUGCCAUUACAUAAAGAGAACUUACAAGAGAAAGUUCUAUCAUCAGGACAAUAUAAAGAACCCAAGAUUAAAAAAGAUAAAACCUCCAGCAAGGAGACUAACAUAGUUGAGACAAAAGAAAGACCAGAGGAAGAAGCUGCAGCUUUAACAGGCUCAGAAAUAACCUUUAUAGAGCCUACAUGUGAAGUUGUUUGGCAAGAUAAAGUUCUGUCAUCAGGAGAAUAUGAAGAACCCAUUAUUAAAGGUAAAAUUGCCUACAAGAUCACUGGUAUGGGUGAGAUGAGAGAAAGAGCAGAGGAAGAUGUUGCUCCCUUGACAGAUGCAGGCAUUGCUUUUAUAGAGCCAUUAAAUAAAGACAAUUUACAAGAGAAAGUUCUUUCAUCAGGACAACCCAAGAUUAAAAAAGAUGAAACCGUCAGCAAGAAGACUGUCAUAGGUGAGACAAAAGAAAGACCAGAGGAAGAUAUUGCAGCUUUAACAGGCACAGAAAUAACCUUUAUAGAGCCUACACAUGAAGCUGUUUGGCAUGAGAAAGUUCUGUCAUCAGGAAAAUAUGAAGAACCUAUGAUAAUGAAAGGUAAAAUUGCCUACAAGAUUACUGGUAUGGGUGAGAUGAUAGAAAAAGCAGAGGGAGAUCUUUCACCCUUAACAGGCACAGAAGAAUCUUUUAUGGAGCCUUCACAUGUAGUUCGUCAAGAGAAAGUUCUGUCAUCAGGAGAAUGUGAUGAAUCUGAAAAUAAAAAAGAUGAAAUUGACAGGAAGAACACUGAAAUGGGUGAGACUAAAGUAAGAGCAGAGGAAGAUAUUCCACUCUUGACAGUCUCAGAAAGAACCCUUAAGGAACCUUCACAAGAAGAGUACUGGCAAAAGAAUGUUCUGUCAUCGCUACAAUAUGAAGAACCCAAGAUUAAUAUAAGUAAAAUUGCCAGCAAGAAGACUGAUAUGGGUGAAACUGUAGAAAGGACAGAGGAGUAUCUUGCACCCUCAACAGGGAAAAGCCUCAACUUAACAGUGCCUUUUCAAACAAGCUCAAUCCUACCAAAGACUAUAUCAGAUAUUGGGGCACCCUCUCAAAAUCUAUUUAUAGAUUCAACAUUAAAUGAAUCUAAAAAUAAGCAAAUACUUGACCUGGAACAGGUGGGGUAUAAUAGUGGGGUACCAGAACAAAAGGGCGAAAUCAGUGCAUGUACUUCAAAUCAAGAUACUGUAAAUAUAAGACAAUAUGAUGAGCUAAAUGUCAAUCCAGAUGAAGCCAAGACAGCAAAGCAGUCAGAUGAACUGAAGAAAAUCGUUGAACAAAAGGAAAAUAAAAUUAUAUUUGAACAACCUGGUAAAGAUAAGAAAUUAUACCCUUCAGAAAAUACUUUGUCAGUGGAACUAAGUACUGAUGAUGUGAAGCUUGAGAGUAUGGCUUUGGAACUGCAACAAAGGGGUUUUGUAACUGUAGGUGGUCAAAAAGUCCUUCUGGAUGAAGCUGUGGAUCAGGGUUUGCUUCCAGGGCACACUGCUAUUAAGCUUAUGGAAAAAGCUGGUCUCUUUGGUGGUUUUCUGGAUAUUAAUGCCUGUAAGUCACUUAGUGUUGAGGAUGUGAUGCAAGAAGGCAUGUUGGAUGAGGACCUGAUGGCCAGUGUGCUCCAUUCAGAAAAGAUUUUAGCCGGUGUGAUUGAUGUGGAGCAUGGGCGGUACUGUUCAAUAAAGGAUGCUGCUGAGGCAGGCCUGUUGGACUCCGAUACGGCUGCUCAUCUCCUUGAAGCCCAGGUUGUGUCAGGGGGAAUAGUUGACCUACGAAGAGACAAGAAGUUAUCAGUUACCCUUGCAGCCAACCUUGGACUGAUUGAAGAGGGUAGAAAGGAGAAGCUUCUUGCACUGGAAAAGUCAUGCCGGGGAAAAUGUUCAGAUACAAAUGCUGUGCAAACCAAGUUGGCACUACAGUUACAAAUGAAAGGAGUGGUGGACCCAAAAUCCAAAAAGCCUGUCCCUCUGGAACAAGCCCUUCAAACUGGGUUAAUUGGACAGGAUGAGGCUCAGACGAUUCUAUGCCAGCAGGUUGCAGAAGGUGGCAUUGUGCAUCCUGGCUCUGGAGUUCGCCUUGCUGUUGUUGAUGCUCUGCAACUGGGUCUCAUAGAUCACACAGUUGCUGCAAAGUUAAUGGAACUUGAAAAGGCAUUCAAAGGCCAAGAACAAAGUAGUAUAGAUCAUAAUACUUCACUUAUUCAGGCUUCUACGGGUUCUAUUUAUGAUGAUGCAUCAAAAAGCAGGAUUACUCUGAGUGAGGCUGUUUCUAAGGGCCUCAUAGGUGAAGAAACAGCAAAUAAAGCUAUGGACUCAUCCAAUGUGAAAAGUGGAUUGUUGGAUCCUCAUAAAGCUUGUAUUGUGUCCUACUCUGAGCUGAUAAACCAGGGUAAAAUUGACAUUGAGAAACGACAGAGAUUCCUUGAAGUGAGACCUUUCAGGGGAGUUGUGCAUAAACAAACUGAUGAAAUGAUGACCCUACCACAGGCAAUUAAGGCAGGCCAAAUAGAUCCCAUACCAGCAGUGAGAGUAUUGCAGAGUCAAGCAGAUACAGGGGGUAUCAUUAACAUAUACAGUGGAGAGCGUUUGGCUCUUCCAGAGGCUAUAAAUAAAGGCCUAGUUGACAAAGACAUGGCUAAAUGUAUUGCUAAAAAUCAACUCUCAAAGGGGGGGUUGCUCAAUCCAGCAAGUGGACAAAAGGUCUCCAGCAUUACUGAGGCGAUUGAAUAUGGGCUUAUUUCUACUGAAAUGGCUGCAGAACUUCAACACAGUAUGGGCCUUGUUGAUGUGUGUGAGAAGAAAAGUUUUAAAAUAUCAGCUUCCUCAAUGACAGAAACUUCUAGUUCUUUUGUUCCUGAGAUGAUAUCGGAGCGUGUCAGUCCUAAUGAAAUGUCACUUGAGAAAGGUCUGUUGAGUAUACCAUCACCACCAUCAUCAUAUCGUACAGAGGCUGAAAUAAAAGAUGCAGAUCUUCAGAAAAAAGAGGAACGUGAAUCUUUUGACAUCUGUCAUGAUUUAGAAAGUAUGGAACAAUUUGUUGAUGCCGUGACGCAGGACAGCAAUGAUACAUCAUUGAAGGUUCUGACAGAAUUUACCUUGAAAGCUGAAAAAAGACUUCAGCAGGCCAUUAAAGAAAUAAAGCCCACAGAAAGAGAACAUUUCGUAUCUCAGCCAAUCCAAAGCCCUGAUCGACAUGAAGAGAUGUCUGAUUUCAAAUAUCAAAAGGUGGAAGAUAAGAACUCAACAACUUUACUUGACCACACCCCAGGGACGGAAAUCAAGAGACAGAGAGUCAGUGUAUCUGCAGUUACUACUGCCAUUUUAUCAGAAAGCAGUGAUAACAGCAAAGAGAAAGUCCCAUCUACCGAGCAAACAAUAGGAGAGACAGGGAUCCAAAGGCAGACAGUAAGUAAAUCUGCAAUCUCUGAAGUCAGUUUAUCAGAUGCUAAUGAUGCCUUGCAAAAAAAGGAACAAACCCCAUUUAUAGAGCAAAUAGAGGGGCAUAGUUUCAAGUGUGAAGCAGAUCAGUCUGUGUCCAAACCAGAGAAAAUCAAGGACAGCCAAGAGACUGGAUUAGAUCCUAAUGCUUCUACAACCACAAGGUCAGUUAAAGUAUCAGGAAAGAAGAAAGGCAGAGGAAAAAGUGACAAGCAAGCUAAAAUGGAAAGUGAUGUAAAGCUACAAGUUUCAGAAACCUCAGCCAGAAUUUCACCUAUAGAAAAAGCAGAGGUUGAUGGACAAAGUGGCUUUACCACUAAACAAAAGCGUAUUAUGAAAGACGACAAAGAAAAGGUGGUUGAAGUACAGCAAUCAGAAACAACCCAUGAAAGUGGUAGCACUGCACCUUUGACAGGGAGUGAUAAGACUGUGCAAGGCAAAGAUUUGGAAAUGGGGGUGGAUAGAACUGCUAAAGAAACGGAGACCCCCAAAUGUGAGUCUGAUCAUGAAACCAAUGAAAAACAAAAAGAGAAGACACACAGUGUCACGACUUGCAUGGCAAAAACAGACCAGAGUCAGGAAGCUGUUGUGGUCUCUAAGGACCUUGGCACUGAGGUAUCAGAAAAGAAGAGAAAGAAGAAAAGCAAAAGUAAAAAAUUUAAGCAAGUGUGUGUUGUUGAAACAGAAGGUGUAGAGAAAAGAGAUGAUGAGACUGAGCAAGAGCAAAAGACAGCAAUCCAUGAGGUUCAACCUCAAAGCAAUCAAUCAGAUGAGAAAGAAAGUAUGAAGAAACUUGAGAAAGCCAGUCAGGCAAUGGCACAGAAGGAAAUACUUUUAAUGAAAGCUAAGGAAAGCAUUCUUAGGAAGGUGUUUGAGCGAGGAGUGAGUGAAAAACAAGCUGCUGAAGAAUUAGAAGCGAUGCGUCAAGUAGCCAGUAUUGGAGAAUACCACAUUACCACCCAAGAAGAAACUGUUGUAGAGAAGACAAGCACUAAGCCUCCUCAAAGUAAGAAGAAAGACAACAAACCACACCAGACGAGGCAAGAAAUGAAUGAAAGUGUUGAAAAGUCAGUGCCAAACAUUGCAGAGAAUCCUUUAGCUGGGUCUGAUAUUGAUCCAUACUUCUCAGCUAAAGCACAGCUUCAAAACCCAGAAGAAGAUGGGCAUGACAAUCUUACAAACACAGGAUUAAGUGGAGAUGAUAUGAAUCAGAAUAUUCCAUGUAUGAAAACAUCUGAUGACAUUGUGGACAUAAACCAGAAAGAACUGGCUCUAAUCCAGAAUUUAGAAGGGGAAACCAAAGAAAAAACAGCAGAAGAACACGGCAUUGAACAGUUAUAUACAGAUGAAAAGGUGAUAGACCCUGAAGUGACUGAAGUGACCUUGCCAUCAAGCACUGCAGUGACUGACAGCCAUGAAAUUGCUAAAUCAGUACCCCUCAAAUGUGUCUUCGACGUCCCAGUGAAGAAGGACUCCAAAGCACUUCAAUCAAGUGAAGUGUGUACUCCUUUACAAAAUACCAAAACAGCAGUGAAAGAGGCAAGCAGUGAAGUUCAUCAAGAAAGAAUCGGGGAGACCCCUUUCAGUGAUUAUGAGACCACAGAUGCAGCUUCAAUCCAAAAAUGUAAAGUUUCUGGUCUACCCCUUAUGGAGGUGAUCUCAGAGUCUGAUACCAAACAGAAAGAACAGGUGGAAGAAUAUGCAGAGGCUUUAGUGGAAAGGCAGCCUGGAGCAAUUCAAAUAAGCAAAGACAAUACAAGAGUUAGCAAGUCCUCACUGGCUCGCCAAAAGUGCUUAGAACAUGACCAACAGAUUGUGUCCUUGCUUUCCAUGGUGAGACACAUUGAGGUCCGCCUAAAACAGCAGCAGCAGCACCAACCAGUUGGUAGAAGUCUCUCCACACUUGAUGACAUAAUCAAACAGACAGAGAUGCUUUUUUUGGAAAUUAGUGACCUGGAACCAGAAGUGCACAAGAAGACUGAAGCAGCCACCCAGCUGCUGGAGUCUUGUCCUCAGGAUGUUCCACCUCAGCUGCUUAUAGCCCUGGAAAAAGAUGGGCGAAGCUUAACUCGGGCUUAUAAUGCAGCCAGAGACCUUGCCCAGAAUACUUUGCAGGGGUUACGAGAACAACGUGAUGCACAAAACAAAGCUGUAAGCUGUCAGCUGAAAUCUUUACAAGAGAAAGUUGACAAACUUCUUAGCUGGCUUAAGGAUACUGAGACACAAAUGCAGGAAGAAACAGGGGUAGAUGGACAAACGGUGGCCGAGAUCACUCGUAAGCAACAGUUGUGCAAGAUGUUGCAGAACUCCCUCGCUGCCCGAUCUAAUGAAGUCAGCAGUGUGGCAUUCAAUAUUCAAGUGUUUAUCUCUGAGCAUGCUCAGGACCUGUUGCCUGAUCAGAGCAGGCAUCUCCUUGGACAACUGGAGCAGUUACAGAAGGUCUUUCACCAGGCUGUUGGUCUCAAUCAUGCCAGGGCAGAGGCACUAUCAGCCCAGAACGCAAGAGAGAACGAACGAAUGAGGAGAGAACAGGAAGAAAAGGAAGAGAAAAUGGAAAAAGAGAAACAAACUACAAGGGAUAGAGAGGUUGUGCAGCAGAAGAAGGCAGAAUGCUCUCAAAAACUGGAGAAUCUCUCAAUGUGGUUGGCUGGUGCUGCCAGCCUCCUGGCCAAUCAGAUAGUUGGAACCGAGUCAGAUGAUGUGAAUGAGUUACAGCAGAAGCAAAGAGAGCUUAAGGAGGUGGAGAAGGACCUUCUGACCAAAAUUGACUUGUUGAAUGAAACUAUACGCUCAGUGGAGGAGUUCCUGUCUGAUCGGGGUGAUAGUUUAAGUCCUGAAGAGAGGGCCAAACUACAGGGGACUCUUUCACAAAUGAAAGAGCAGCACAGCUCACUUACAAACUCAGUCCGCUCUUCACUAGCUAAAGUAGACACUGCCAUUGUCACAACAGUGCAGCAGAACACACAGAAAGCUAAAGCAGAAGAGCAGAUGCAGGAGACACAGGAAAAAAUAGACACACUUCUCAGAGAAUUGUCAUCACUGGAUGACUCAAAGAGGAGGUCGCUUGGCAGCACCGUCACUGACACCCCAUCAUCUGGACCACCAGAGAAUGCUCUGAAUUCUCACAGUGACAUGCUUCAGACGGAGCUGCAGCAGUUACAAGCUCAACAGGCUCACCUUCAGCAGGUGGCCCAGUCUGUCCGCUCUCUCCUGGAGCAGCCAGACUCCAGUGUGCCACCAGAGAAGAAGGAACGCUUACGGGCAAAACUAGACCAACUACAGAGUCAGCAUCAGGAGCGCCUUCAGAACUGUCAGGACCGGCUCAGGCGGACAGAUGCCCUCAGAGAUGAGUUUGCCAAGUUUGUGCAGGAGCAUGGGAACCUGGAGACUUGGUUGGAUCAGAGUCAACAAGAACUACGUACACUUGGGGAAGGGGAAACUGAUGCAAAGGGUCUACAAGACAGGAUAGAGGAGCACAAAAAGCUUGCAGAAGAUGUCAUCUGUCACAAAGCUGAUCUACGCUUUGUGACAAUCUCUGGGCAGAAGGUUCUGGAUUCAAUCCAGGGGGCCUUGGAGAAGGUGGGCAGUACGGAUCCAGCUUUGGAGGAAACCAGACACCUAGUGAGUGGCAAGCUCCAAGAUGCCACACAGCGCUACAGUUCAUUACACAGCAAGUCCUCAGAACUUGGCACCCGUCUCUCAGGUCUCCUGGAGCGAUUCCAACACUACCAAGAUGAGGCUGGUUCUUUAGGAUCCUGGCUGAGCACUCAGGAGCAAAAUCAGACAGUAUUUAAGCCCAGCGGAGAGCAAACGGACACUCAGACAUUGCAGCAAACUCUCAGUACUCUACAGCUGUUGCAGGAUGAGUUGGCAGAGCGUUCGGUACAGCUUGAGAAGGUCAAGAGGGCAGGAAAAGAGCUGGUCAGCACUCAGGAGUCCCCAACUCUCAAAAAUGCAGACAUUAACAAUCUUACAGAUGCUCUGGAGAAGCGCUUUGAAACCCUGUCUAAUUCAGUGUCAGUGAGAGCUGAACAGCUUCAAACCGCCGUUGCCCAAUCAGUCAGCGUCCAGGAGGGGCUUAAAGCACUGCUGGCAUGGUUAGAUGGACUACCUUUAUCACCUGGCGAAGUCCAGCCCACUGCUCAAGCAGUUCAGGAUGCCCUGACACAAAAUCAGAAAAUACGCCAGGAACUGCUUUCAAGGCAGGGCAGCGUGGAUGCGACUCUAGACUCUGUGUCCAGGCUUCUGAAGUCUGCAGAUGCAUCGACCGCAUCUGACCUGCAGGGGGCACUUCAGGACCUGAGUCAGCGCUACACAGCGGCCCAGGCCAAACAGACUGAAAGAGAGACUGAGCUGCGGGGACUUUUGCUCAAGUUGGAGAGCUUUGAGCGCCAGAGUGCAGACCUCCGCGGCUUUACGCAGAGUCGAGAAAGGGCUCUCAGCCCAGUAGGCCAACCUGACUGCAGCGUUGAUGACUACAAACAGACCAUAGAGGAGGUGAGAUCAGAAAUUACCCAAGAGUCAAGUCAAUUAAAGUCAUUUAUCGAGCUUGGUUCAGACCUAAGCAAGUCUGGGAUCCUUGCCAAUGCACAAAGCCUUCUGGACACAACCAAAGAGGUUUCUGAGGACUUUGCACGCUUGGAAUCCAACGUCAAUGAGAGUUUUGAUUCCAUCCAGAGCUGCGUCCAGCAACUGGCCGAGUUCCGCUCUCGCUCCGGCUCCCUCCUCAGGUGGCUGCAGACCGUACAAGAACAACUUCCUGCUAAAGAGCCCAACCUAAGCACAGAAAGCCUGCAGAGAAGAGCACAGCAGCUUAAAGAUCUACUCACAGAAUGGGAGACCCAAGGAAGCCAAGUCCAGGAGCUGAACAAGACCAGUUCACAACUGGAGAACUUGAUUAUCAACAUCACAUCUCCCAAGAAUAAGACUGGUGUUUCCCAGCUCAAUGGUGCUUCCAGCCCCAACAGUGUUAAUGGCAUUCACACCUGUAAAGACUUGACAGAGAUCCAGGUGGCAGUGGCAGAUGUGAACUGCAAGUAUGAACAGCUGGGCAGUGACAUGAGGGAAAGGAAGGGUAGGCAAGAAGCCUCUCUAGACCUGCGGCAGAAGGCCAGGCAGGCCUCUGAGGCACUCAUCCAGUGGCUGAGCCCCCGUGAACAGAGCCUGGCACAAGGGCAGAGCGCCUCACCUUCUCGGCCCGAGGCGGUGCGUGCUCAAGCUCAAGAAACCAAGGUUUUACUUACUGAGCUUGCCGACCAUUCUGGGAAAGUGGAGGAUCUAAAAAACAUUCUCAAUCAGCUAAUAACCGAUAAUCCUGAUUCUCCUGAUGCUGAGACUUGGAAACGUCAGCUUGAAGACAUAGACUCGCGGUGGACGAAAGCCAAUCAGACUGCAGCACAGAGGCAGACUGAAUUGGAAGCGUGUGCUGAUAGGCUGGGAAGUUUUGCUGCAGCAGCCAAUCAGCUAGGACCAUGGCUACGAGAGAAAGAGCUGAUGAUGAGUGUAUUAGGCCCACUGAGUAUCGACCCCAACAUGCUCAACACACAGAAACAGCAAGUGCAGUUCAUGCUACGUGAGUUUGAGACGCGGCAACCCCAGUUUGACCAGCUGUCUCGAGCGGCAGAGGGAAUCCUCUCCCCGUCUGGAGAUGAGGGUUCUGGAGAUGGACAGGAUCUAGAGGAGGUGAGGCAGGAGCUGGCAGACAUUUCACGGCAAUGGGAAGACCUCACUUCUCGUCUCACCGGCCGCUCGCAGAAGAUCGACCAGGCGCAGGGAACCAGCGAGCGCUACCUGGCCCUGCUCAGAGAGCUGUCUCAGAGCGUGACCGAUCUAAGCGAGAGGCUGGAUGCGCAGGCCUCUCUAAGCGCUCAGCCUGAAGCCCUGCGCCGUAGGCUUCAGGAAACUGGGGAGAUCCGUGCUGAGCUGGAACAGAGACGGGGUCAACUGGCCCAGGCUGAGCAGCUGUGUGCAGAGCUCAGCACAAUUGUAGCCGAACUGUAUCUCAGAGAUGAGUUACACAAGAGACUGGAGAGUGUGAGCGGCCCCCUCAAAAACCUAGAAGAACGGGCUGCUGAUGGUUUGUCCCAGCUGCAGGCCGCCCUGUCCAGCACUCAACAGUUCCAGCAGAUGUUUGACGAGCUUCGUGGCUGGUUGGACGGGCAGGCUGGGAAUCACACAGCUGGGGUUUCUGAAGCCCUUCCUUGCCAACCUGAUGCUCUAAAGACCCUUCUGGCCCAACAAGAGGAUCUCCAGCGAGCCAUAGCACAACAACGUGGAUCCUAUGAGCUCAUCCAGGCCGAGGGGGCAUCUCUACUGGCAUCCCUUCCCGCUGGAGAUGAGCACUUAGCCCUACAGACUCGACUAAACAUCUUACGGCAAGACUGGGAGGGCAUGAACCAGCAAACCUCUAAUAAACACAGUCGAAUAAAAGAGACGCUGUCCCGUGCUGAGCUGUACCAACAACAUCGCAAUGAGCUUGUACCUUGGGUUGCAGAAUGUGAGGAAAGGGAGGUGGAGAUCCACCCAUCACUGGAUCCCGCCACCUUAGACGAGGCUUUGCAAAAGGCUAGACAGUUAAGUCUGGACUUGGAUCGUCGUCGCCCUCUCUUAGAGUCUCUGAACACGGCAGCAGAUCAGCUGCUGGAACAGAGCUGCACUGGUGAAGAGGAAGUGAGGGAUGAAAAAGCCCAGCUUAAUCGCAGGAUAGACUGUCUCUCUGAGCGACUACAGGGCCGCACGGCUCAGCUAGAAGAGUUGGGAAGCAGACUGAAGGAGUUUGAAGAUGGGAGACUGGCCGUGGAGAGAAGACUUGAGGCAGCCAAGCAUCAGAUCGAGGUUCAGGAGGCGCUGGGGCCGCAAGCUUGUAGCAACAAAAGCCUGGAGCGUCUGCGUAGCCAACAGGAACUGUUAAACUCUGUACAGCCACAGGUGGUGUACCUACGAAAUCUGGCGCAGGGGCUGCUGCAGGAUGCGCCCGAGAUCUCCAGGGCCGGUGAAGAUGGCGGCCAGAGGCUGCUGCAGCAAGCUCUUGAUACGGAAAAAGAGUUUGAAGAAGUUACUGAGAAGACUGAGCAAUGCUGUUCAUCUUUGGAGUCCCGGCUGCAAGGUGUGGGAGAGGUCCAGUCACGUGUGCGAGAUGUUUUCUCCCGCCUGGCUGAUUUGGACGAUGAGUUGGACAGCCUUAGCCCUGUGGGGCGGGAUGCUGACUCUUUGGCCUCACAGUCUGAUGCUGUCAGGGGCUUCCUGGGUCGACUCGAUGCCCUCCGUGGCGAGCUGGAGAGCCAUGGUGGAGAAUGCACGACUAUGCUCCGUAGAGAGGGGAGCUCACCUGAUCUCCUGGCCCUCAGGAGAGAGACCGAAGCCCUGAGCAGACAGGCAGGCAAGCUGGCAGAGCGGGGUCAGAACCGUCUGGCACUCAUAGAAGCAGCAGAAGAGCGUGUGAAGGAGUUCUACGGCCGUCUAGCUGACCUACAAGGGUUGUUGGGACGAGCAGAGGAGGCGCUGAACACACAGGCUGUCGUGGGCACAGAAGUGGAGGUCAUCAAACAGCAGCUUCAGGAAUUCAAGGCUGUAGAAAGGGAGCAGAUAGACAGCAUUCAGCCCAAACUGCAACAUGUCAACGCUGUGGGUCAAGGUCUUAUCCAGAGUGCAGCCAAACACACUGACACCCAGGCGCUGGAACAUGACUUGGAGACCACCAACCUGCGCUGGAACUCCCUCAACAAGAGCGUUGCUGAAAGAAUUGCACAGCUGCAGGAGGCCCUGUUGCAUUGUGGGAAGUUCCAAGAUGCUCUGGAGCCGCUCUUGAGCUGGCUGAGUGACACAGAGGAGCUCAUAGCCAAUCAGAAACCCCCGUCUGUUGAGUACCGUGUGGUCAAGGCACAAAUUCAGGAGCAGAAGCUGCUGCAACGGUUGCUGGAUGACCGGCGUGGGACGGUAGAGAUGAUCAGGGCAGAAGGAGAGCGUAUCGCUGCUACGGCUGAGACACAAGAUAAAGACAAAAUCCAGAAACAACUUAAGAGCCUAGGAGAGAGAUGGAAAAAUCUGCUGGAAAAGGCCAGUGCCAGGCAGCGGCAGCUAGAGGAGCUGCAGGUGUUGGCGCUGCAGUUCCACGAGGCAGUGGAGCCGCUCGGUGAGUGGUUGAGCGCCACAGAGAGACGCCUGAGCUCCGCUGAGCCAAUGGGAACCCAGACCUCCAAAAUCACACAGCAGAUUGUAAGGCACAAGGCUCUCCAAGAGGAGGUAUCCUCUCGGGAGAAUGGUGUAAAACAUCUUGAGACUCUCAGUCAAUCACUGCACCCGCUCAGCUGUGCGGCUGAUCGUGAUUGGCUGGGCGAACGUGUGGCGGCAGUGCGCAACGGGCACACGGAGCUGCGCGAUUGGUGCAGUCGAAGAGAGGUCAUGCUGGAGCAGGCCCUGGCCAAUGCACAGCUAUUUGGAGAAGAAGAGGUGGAAGUCCUUAACUGGCUAGCUGAGGUGGCCCAGAGACUGGAUGAGGUCUCAGUGCAGAGUUAUCAGCCGGAGCUACUAGAGCAGCAACACAAACACACACUGGCUCUUAAUGAAGAGAUUAUCAGCAGGAAGAAGACAGUGGACCAGGCUGUUAAGAACGGACAGGCUCUGCUUAAACAAACCACUGGUGAGGAGGUCCUGUUGAUUCAGGAGAAGCUAGAUGGCAUCAAAAGCCGCUACGCAGAGAUGACAGCGGGCAGCAGCAAAGCCCUCCGUACUCUGGAACAGGCCCUUCAGUUGGCCACGCGAUUCGCAAGCUCGCACGAUGACAUCAGCCAAUGGUUGGAUAGCGUGGAGGCGGAGCUUAGCAACAUUGAGUCAGACACAACACCAGCCUAUCAGGACAGACAGAGGGAGCUAAAGUGCGUGUCUGCUGAGAAGAGGUUAGUUCUGGAUACAGUGAAUGAGGUGGGCAGUGCUUUACUGGAUCUGGUACCCUGGCGUGCACGAGACGGCCUGGACCGCCUGGUCGCCGAUGCCAAUCAGCGUUACCGCCAAGCUGAAGAGACCAUCACACAGAGAGUGCAGUUAGUACAGGCUGCCAUCCAAAGGUCACAGCAGUAUGAGGAGGCAGUCGAUGCAGAGCUGACCUGGGCCGGAGAGACCGAGAGGAAGUUGGCGUCUCUGGGGCCUCUGAGUCUGGAGUCUGAUGUGACUGUGGCUCAGCUCCAGGUGCAGAGAGCCUUUAACAUCGACAUCAUCCGUCACAAAGACACCGUGGACCAACUCCUUAAGACACGAGAGGACAUCCUGGAGAGCUGCAGCGAACAACAAAGAGAGGCUUUGAAGGUGAAGACGGAUUCUUUAAGUGCUCGUUAUGAAGCAGUGAAUCAGAGUCAUGCUGAGCGCUUCUCAGCUCUAGAGCAGGCUCAGGUGUUAGUAGCACGUUUCUGGGAGACGUAUGAGGAACUUGAACCCUGGCUGGGUGAGACAGAGACACUGAUUACCCAGUUACCCCCUCCUGCCAUCGACACAGAAGCACUUAGGCAACAGCAAGACCAGAUGAGGCUUCUGAGAGAGUCCAUUGCUGAGCAUAAGCCUCACAUAGAUAAACUGCUAAAGAUCGGCCCACAGCUGGCAGAACUGAGUGCCCAGGAAGGGGCAACAGUAAGACAACGUUAUAAUGAAGCAGAGAGACGUUACCUCGGCAUCAAAGAGGAGGUCAAAGGUCGAGCCACAACACUAGAUGAAGCAGUGUCACAGUCUGUUCAGUUCCAUGAUAAGAUGGACCCUCUGUUGGAGACUUUGGAAGGUGCGGUCCAACGCUUGCGGCAGCCUCCUCCAGUGGCGGCUGAGGUGGAGAAGAUCCGGGAGCAGCUUGCGGAGCACAGGGCAACAGGGCUAGAACUGGACAAACUCCUUCCGUCUUUCAGCGCCCUGUGUGCCCGAGGAGAAGAGCUCAUCGGUCGCGCCCCACACGACGAUCCUGCCGCCCAGGCGGUGCGUUCACGACUCUUGCGGCUGCGCUCUCUGUGGGAAGAGAUCAGGCAGAGGGCAGAGGAGCGAGAAGGAAAGCUUCAGGAUGUUCUAGAUCUCGCCGGAAAAUUCUGGGCUGACAUGGGCGCGCUGCUGAGCACACUCCGUGACUCUCAGGACAUUGUGAAAGAUCUGGAGGACCCAGGGGUGGAUCCUUCACUUAUAAAACAACAAAUAGAGGCAGCAGAGGCCAUUAAGGCAGAGACAGAUGGGCUGAGGGAAGAACUGGAGAUCGUACAAACACUCGGAGCUGACCUCAUCUUUGCCUGCGGAGAGACUGAGAAACCCGAGGUCAAGAAGACCAUCGAUGAGAUGAAUGCAGCCUGGGAAGGCUUGAACCGCACGUGGAGAGAGAGAAUGGAGAGGCUGGAAGAGGCCAUGACUGCCUCUGUGCAGUACCAGGAUGCUCUUCAGGGCAUGUUUGACUACUUGGACAACGCUGUGAUCAAAUUGUGUGACAUGCCAGCUGUAGGGACAGACCUCAGCACUGUUAAACAACAGAUCGAGGAGCUCAAGCAAUAUAAAGUAGAAGUCUACCAGCAGCAGAUUGACAUGGAGAAGCUUUGCCACCAAGGAGAGCUGCUGCUCAGAAAAGUGAGCGACCAAACAGACCGAGACAUGAUCCAGGAGCCUCUCACUGAGCUACGCCACCUGUGGGACAACCUGGUGGACAAAAUCACAAUCAGACAGCACAAACUGGAGGGUGCACUGUUGGCUCUAGGUCAGUUCCAGCAUGCUCUCUCUGAGCUGCAGUCCUGGCUCAGUCACACUCACGCCACACUGGACACCCAGCGACCCAUUAGCUCUGACCCCAAGGCCAUCGAAAUUGAGCUGGCUAAGCAUCACGUUUUAAGAAACGACGUGCUGUCCCAUCGGGCUACAGUGGAGACGGUGAACAGGGCAGGUUCUGAGCUGCUAGAGUCCAGUCCUGGAGACGAAAUCAACCACCUGAGAGACCAGCUGGAUGAGCUGAACCGCAGCUGGAAGAACCUUCUGCUGAAGACUGAUGAGAGGCAGAAGCUUUUGGAAGCUGCCCUGCAACAGGCGGAGGGUUUCCAUGGAGAGUUGGAGGAGUUUCUGCAGUGGCUCAGACGCACAGAGAGUCAGCUGUCUGCUGCCAAACCCACAGGUGGCCUGCCUGAGACCGCCAGAGAGCAGCUGCAGCAACACAUGGAGCUCCAGGCUCAGUUGACCCCGAGGAGUGAGCAGUACCAUCGACUACUAGAUCAGGGAGAGUCCAUUCUGCUGGCCAGAGGAGGAGAGGAUGCUGGACCUGGUACCACCCAGACCCAACAGAACCUGGCCAUGCUACAGAACAAGUGGGCCAGUCUCAAUGCCAAAAUGGAUGACAGAAUGGGUAAACUGGAGGAAGCCAUCUCAUUGGCGACAGGGUUCCAGACCUCCCUGCAGGACACCAUAAACUGGUUGACACAGGCAGAGCAGACUCUCAACAUGGCUCAGUCACCCAGCCUCAUUCUCGACACCGUCCUAUUCCAGAUAGAUGAGCACAAGGUGUUUGUGAAUGAGGUGAACACUCACAGAGAGCAGGUUCUGGCUCUGGAGAAAGCUGGCUCUCAGCUGCGGUUUGCCAGUCUCAAACAGGAUGUGGUUCUAAUCAAGAACCUGCUGCUCAGUGUACAGGCCCGCUGGGACAAACUGGUGCAGAGAUCACUAGACCGAGGACGGCACCUGGAUGAGGCCCGCAAGAGAGCCAAACAGUUUCAUGAGGCCUGGAGGAAACUGACAGACUGGUUGGAGGAAGCAGAGAGCAGGCUGGACUCGGAGCUGGAAAUCUCUAAUGAGCCUGACAAGAUUAAAGUCCAGCUGGCCAAACAUAAGGAUUUCCAGAAGUCUCUUGGCUCCAAGCAGCCAGUGUAUGACACCACAGUGCGCUCUGGGAAGGCCAUGAGAGACAAGGCCACACUGUCCGCGGAUACACAAAAACUGGACAACUUGUUGGGUGAGGUCCGUGACAAAUGGGACACAGUUUGUGGAAAGAGCGUGGAGAGGCAACACAAGUUGGAGGAAGCCCUCUUGUUCUCAGGUCAGUUUGCGGAGGCUCUCCAGGCACUUGUUGACUGGCUGUAUCGUGUGGAACCUCAGCUUGCAGAGGACCAGCCUGUCCAUGGAGAUCUGGAUCUAGUUUCCAACCUAAUGGAUUCUCAUAAGGUCUUCCAGAAAGAGCUGGGAAAAAGGACCAGUAGUGUGCAGGCUCUGAAGCGGUCAGCCCGAGAGCUGAUGGAGACAGGCCGCGACGACACGGCCUGGGUCAAAGUUCAACUGCAGGAGCUCAGCAACCGCUGGGAGACAGUCUGUGCGCUGUCCGUUUCCAAACAGACCCGGCUCCAACAGGCUCUCAAACAGGCAGAAGAGUUCCGCACAGCUGUUCAAAUGUUGCUAGAGUGGCUUUCGGAGGCGGAGCAAACAUUACGUUUCCGGGGCGUCCUGCCAGAGGAGGCAGAGACCCUGCAGGCACUACUGCACACGCACCAGAAUUUCAUGCAGACGGUGGAGGAGAAGAGAGUGGAUGUGAAUAAAGCUGCUGGCAUGGGUGAAGCCAUCCUAGCUGUGUGCCACCCAGACUGCAUCACGACCAUCAAACACUGGAUCACCAUCAUUAGAGCUCGCUUUGAGGAGGUGCUGACGUGGGCCAAACAGCACGAGCAGCGCUUGGAGACGGCCCUGACUGAAUUGCUCAACAAUGCUACACUUCUGGAGGAGCUGUUAUCAUGGCUACAGUGGGCCGAGACCACACUGGUGCAGCGUGAUACCGAACCACUCCCCCAGGACAUUACUCAACUGAAGACACUAAUCUCAGAGCAUCAGAUGUUUAUGGAAGAAAUGACCCGAAAACAACCUGAUGUUGACAAAGUGACAAAGACUUACAAGAGGAAACCAGCAGAACAUCCCAGCAGCCUUUCAGACAGGAGAGGGUCCCGAAAACACCAGCAGCAGCAGCAACAGCAGCACUCAGUAUCAGUAGCCAGUGGUAACCCUCGCCUCACUCAGCUCUGCUCCCGCUGGCAACAAGUGUGGCUGCUCGCCCUCGAUCGCCAGCGCAAGCUGAAUGAUGCUCUCGACAGACUAGAGGAGCUAAAAGAAUUUGCCAACUUUGACUUUGAUGUGUGGAGGAAGAAAUACAUGCGCUGGAUGAACCACAAGAAGUCUCGAGUCAUGGACUUCUUCCGACGCAUCGACAAGGACCAGGAUGGAAAGAUUACCCGCCAGGAGUUUAUCGAUGGCAUCUUGGCAUCAAAGUUCCCUACCAGCAAGCUGGAGAUGACGGCUGUUGCUGAUAUCUUUGACCGUGAUUGUGAUGGCUACAUCGACUAUUAUGAAUUUGUGGCUGCUUUGCACCCCAACAAAGAUGCUUACAGACCCACAACAGACGCUGACAAGAUCGAAGAUGAGGUCACCAGACAAGUGGCCCAGUGCAAGUGUGCCAAGAGGUUUCAGGUGGAGCAGAUCGGAGAGAACAAGUACAGGUUCUUCCUUGGGAAUCAGUUCGGAGACUCACAGCAGCUGCGUCUUGUACGAAUCCUGCGCAGUACAGUCAUGGUCCGAGUUGGAGGAGGGUGGAUGGCGCUGGAUGAGUUCCUGGUGAAGAACGACCCUUGCCGAGUGCAACAUCCAGGACUUAAAAUCUUCCGUUCUGACUCCAGCAGCUCCAUAUCAUCUCGCAUAGUGACGGUCACUCCUGGCUAUUUCUGCUGCAGAGCUCGUGGACGUACCAACCUGGAGCUUCGAGAAAAGUUCAUUCUUCCAGAGGGAGCUACGCAGGGUCUGGCGGCCUUCCGGUCCCGGGGUCGUCGAUCCAAACCUUCGUCGCGCACAGCUUCGCCUACCCGUUCAUCUUCAUCCGCGUCACACAGCGCCCACAGCUGCGCCUCUCUACCCUCCGCACCCGCAACACCCACAGCCUCCUCAAGGUCCUCCCAAUCCCAAUCUCGUGGCUAUGCCAAGCCCUGGCUGGCACACAGUAAAACUCCAACACCAACCAAGUGCCAGUCCUGCCCAGAGCACAGCCAGACCCCUGGGCAUGAGGGAGGCUCCACAUCUAAACUGAAAAGACCAACUUUCCAUUCCAGCCGUGGCUCCUUAACCGGUGAGAACGGUGGAACACCAACCGCUGCUAAACCUGGACGCUCCGACACCAAACGCACUCCGUCCUCGACAAGUGGCCCAGCCAGUCGAGCAGGGAGUCGCGCUGGAAGCCGAGCCAGCAGCCGGAGGGGCAGCGACGCUUCAGACACGUCUGAGCUCAUGGAGACACGCUCGGCUUGCUCCGAUACCUCAGACACCCCUCGCAGGCCUGGGGCCAAACCCUCUAAAAUUCCCACCAUCUCCAAGAAGACCCCCAGCCCCAAAACACCAGCGGGCAAGAAAUGAAGCCUCCACCCUAUCUAUCAGUCUAAGUGACUGACUCACUCUGAGGUGGUUGUGAUUUAACCAGCAGGGGGAGAACAUCAACACCUUCCUCUCUCCAGCGUCCAGCACAGCCGCACACUGCUACACCACCCAGAUCAAUACCUACCAUAAUGCUGCCUUAUUUGUGUUCUACAUCAUGUCCUUAAUUUGACUGACAUUGCGUUUUCUUGAAUGUGUGAUGGAGAACAUCCACAUAUCUACACAGACACUCGGGAGGGACGUCAGUCCUGCACCAGGGGUUUUCUCUAUUCUUCACUAUGAAUAUGCAACCGCCCGUUACUCUCCAAACCACAUGCAUGGUUGUCACUUUGGUUGGACAAACUCACCCCUUUCAAGUGUAUGCAGACCAGUCUCGCCGGAGUGUCUGUGCCACCGCAAACAAGAGGAAAUCAAUUAAAAACAGACGUUUUCCUCCUGGACACUUGAGACUUUUUGGACUCAUGUAUGUUUAUGUGUGUGCCUGUGUGUGUGUUUGUGUGUGUGUGUAUGUGUGGCAGUUCCUGUCAUGGUAAAUUAACACAGUGAUACGGAGAGGAAGUGGAGGAUACAUAUCUCUAGCCUUCCCACGGCGUGAAGAUAAUUGAAGACUAGAUCCCUCACACAUGAUCACACGUGAUCCUUUCAAAGGAACUCCUAUAGCACACAUUCGCACCGACAGUCUUCUCCGCCGUGUGUCCACGCAUUCUAGUUGUGUCCUUUUGUUACAGACAUCAUGUUUCAGAGCUUCUCCACAGUAUGCAAAAAUAAUAAUUACCAAUUGUGAAUGUUUGUUUUGUGGUUAAUUUAUAAUCCUGACGUUUUCUUUCUUUUCUAGAGUAAAGAGCUGUAUUUAUUUGUGAUUGCAGUAUCAUAUCAACUCUUAAGAAUGACUAGUAUUAACACAACCGGAACCACUCUGGGUAUGUUUUUUGUACAUCCACUCCUGACGUAAUGAAUUUCUCCGACUGAUGUUAUAACUGACCAGGAAGCUUACUGAUUCCAAUGGUGGCCUUUUUGCCGGUGACUACACACUUUAGAUGCCGUCAACAGUGGCUUCCUUGUUGUUCUUUCGUGACGGAAGCACCCUAAAUAAUGAAUGAUGGGGGCGGCUCGCGUAGCCCCUGUUAAAAACAGCGCUUUGAAUCUUGUCUUUGACAAGCUGAAGUAUAUGAAUACCUGAAGAAAGGUGAUUUUUAUUUAUUUAUUGUGUCAUUGGGAGGGAGGUGAGGGCUGUGAAAGUAUCCACCUUUUGAUUGUGUUAUUCUUUUGACAUGACUGAGCGAAACAGGGGUGCAAUUGUGUAAAAGUAAAGACGUUAUGAUUAUAAUUCCUUUUUGUUCUCUUUUGUAUUAAAACAAUGCUUGCAGUAAAA